CUUAUUAGCUGGGUGAUGUGGUCAGAUUACGGAACCUCUCUAGUCCUUGGUUUGCCCAUCGGCAAUACUGGAGAACAACAGUAUCUGUCCCUUUGUGGGGCUUGUUGUGAGGAACCAAGGAGACAGUGUGUGUCAAGUGCCUGCUCAGUGUUGCACAGAGGGGGCCUGAUAAUCUUCGCCCUGAUUGUCCCAUUCGCCUCGUCAGAUUCCACGUUUCAGAGGGACCUGGUGACCCUGAACAACUCCACAUCACAAACUGAGCUUCAGGUCAAGGCCCUGAUAUCCCAGGGCGACAGUUUGCAAAAGACGAUAACACCUCUGAAAGCAGGGGUGGGGAAUCUCAGGCAGGAACUGCAAGCAGCCCGUAGCAUGAACGACAAGGUGUUUUCCCUGGAGAAGAAGCUGGAGGAGGAGCAGCAGACACUCAAAGCAGAUUAUGCUGAAAUACGCCUCCUAGUCCAGCAGCUGGCCAAAGACCUGACAGCCCUGACUUGCCAGGCGGCUGCCCUCAAGAGCAAUGGCUCUGCCAGGGCCUGCUGCCCCCUUAACUGGCUGGAGCAUGAAGGCAGCUGCUACUGGUUCUCUCGCUCGAAGAAGCCCUGGCCCGAGGCUGAGAAGCAGUGCCAGCUGCAGAACGCCCACCUCGUGGUCAUCAACUCCAGAGAGGAGCAGGAUUUUGUCCAGGAACAUACAGGCUCCUCAUUCACCUGGAUGGGGCUCAGUGAUCCUGAAGGAGUCUGGAAAUGGGUGGAUGGGACAGACUACAAGACCAACUUCCAGGUCCAGUAACAUGUGAAGAACUAUUUCUCAAGGGGCAUCUAAUUCUCUGCUGCCCAUGGCGUGGUCUUACUCCAGAAUCCCAGAGGCUUCUGCUGUGAUUCUCCUCCUGGAGCUUUCCGUAAGCUCUGUUCUGCAUCUGCCACCUCCACAACCUAGAGUCUGUGGGUUAUACGGCCCAAACAGCAGGGCUGACUGCAUUGCAACCUUGACCUGCUGCAGUGCCUGUUCCUGCGCUGGAUCCCAUUCAAAGCUGGCAGUCUCCUGUGUCACCUGGUAUAUGGGCCAGAAUGAUAUUCCUAGGUGCAGAAUGUGCUGCCUCCAGAACCCAAAGAGGCCCACCAGGCACUGUGCUUUCUUUUUUGUGCUCGUGGAGGGAAUGCAAACAGCAGCAUUUAUCUUUUAUUCUGGAGGGGAUAUCCCAGAAAUCCCCUAACUGCAAGAACCCUAACAACUUCAUUGAAGCGGUUAAUCCCUGAAUUUUUAUAGAGUGUAUCUCCCUAUACCCUGUAGAGGGCAUGUGCCUUACUGAGGCCUCCAACGUACUGGCUACCUUUUGCUCUAAUCAGCAUGAUGUCAUCCAUGUAACGGAUCAGCGUGAUGUCUGCGGAAUGUCCAGGAGAUCCAGAUCUUUUUGGACUAGAUUAAGAUAGAGGGUGGGAGAGUUAAAUAGCCCUGAGGCAAAACUAUAAGCGAAUAUUGUCUGUCUCAUGAAUACGAACUAUUUUUGAUCCUCUUUUCUAAUUGGAAUGGAAAAGAAUGCAUUCACCAAAUCAGUGGCCACACACCAUGCAGCCGAGGGCUUAUGAAUCUGCUGUGGCAAUGAUGCACAUCCAGCACAGCAGCUGAAAUGACAGCCACUACUUGGUUAAGUCUACUUCACAUUGUGGGAAGAAGAGUCAAGUGGGAGGCCUUGGAAGUACCAAGAUAUUAGACCAAAGCAAUACCACACCCCUGAAGGACGUAAUAAUAUUAAAAGCCUUAGGAACCACAAAAGACCCCAAGUAGCCAAAGCAAUCUUGAAAAAGAAGAACAAAGCUGGAAGCAUCACACUCUCUGAU